AUGAAAGCAAAUUCUUUGAUACUGAUUUAUUUAUCAGUAAUUGCUUCAGUAAACGCUGCUUGUAUUGAUGUUCACGCUACUGCUGGUGCCGGAGGUGUUUGUUUCUGUAAUGCUGGUUAUUAUGGUACUUCUACUGAUUCUGAUCCUAUUGGAGCUUGCCAAUAAUGCCCAAAUGGAACUAUUUCUGCUCUUGCCACUACUGUAGGAACUCCUGUCACCUCUUGCUUUUGCAAUGAUACUAACGCUUACCUUAAUAGUGGUUAAUUUGAUUGCUAAAAAUGCAAUCCUAACUACUAUGGUACACCUAACCCAAUUGCUGGUGGACCUAGUGGGUGUAGUCCAUGCCCAGCUGGAACAGUUUCUGCUGCUGGUUCAACUUCUAUUCUUUCAUGUAACAAUUGCUCAGAUGUUAACGCUUUCCUCAACUCCUAAACUCCACCUGUUUGCUAAUGUAAGGCUAACUUCUAUGGUACCCCUAAUUCUUAUGGCAGUAAAUGUAUUGAAUGCCCAGCUGGAACAGUUUCUGUUGCUGGUUCAACUACUGCUAACUUCUAUGGUACUCCUACUACUUCUGGUGGUGGAUGUAUUACAUGCCCAACUGGAACAAACUCUGCAGCUGGUUCUACUACUAUUAAUUCAUGCACUUGCACAGAUACUAACGCUUCGCUCAACUCUGCUAUUCCUCCUGUUUGCUAAUGUAAUCCUAACUUCUAUGGUAUCCCUACAUCUUCUGGUGCUAGCGGAUGCACUAUAUGUCCAUUGGGAUAAACAGCUCCUGCUGGUUCUGUUACUAAUAUUUGCAAAUCUGCUAUAGCAACUUCCACACUCAUUUUACCGAUAGCUUCAUUGCUUUUCUGUUUAUUAUUGCUUAUUUGA